AAAUCACCCACGAUAUAAUAGCCAAGGGGCUGGAGUUCUCAGCUCUGUAUAAUUUCCAUGAAAUUUGAAUAAUAAAGCAGGUUCUUGGUACGAGUGCGCUUAGAGUUGACAGAGCUGUAGAUCAUGCUGGGUGUUGCCGCGGUUUGGUAGAUGAGCUGAGGCUGGAUAACGUCGAGGAGGUUAUUGAAGAGGGGUGAAAAACUCCGGUAUUGUCGGCGCGGGGAACAGCGAUCGUCUUGAUGGCGCGAUCAACCCAGCGAUCUGGAUUACUUCCUCGGACUCAACCGGUCAUGCCUCUUUGAUCACUGCUCGCUGUCCUCAAGAACACCUAAGCCACAUCCAACCAUGGCUGCUGCUGCGUUUGUCAGGCAAGGGAAGAAGAUAGUUGCUAUCGGUCGAAACUAUGUUGACCAUGUGAAGGAGCUAAACAAUGCAGUUCCAAAAGAACCUUUCUUCUUCCUGAAGCCGACCACAAGUUAUCUGCCUUCCGGUGGUAAGCUAGAGAUUCCAAGAGGAAUUUUGGCACACCACGAAGUCGAAUUGGGCCUAGUCAUUGGCAAGACGGGACGAGACAUUUCUCAACAGGAUGCACUUUCACAUGUUGCUGGUUAUGCGCUCGCUGUAGAUAUGACCGCACGUAACCUCCAAGACGAAAUUAAGAAGAAAGGUCUUCCCUGGUCCGCUGCCAAGGGCUUCGAUACAUUCACUCCCAUUGGAUCGUACAUUCCGGCGGCAGCGAUCCCCGACCCCCAUAAAUUGAACUUGUCGCUGAAGAUCAACGGUGCGGUCAAACAAAAUGGAAGCACCGCAAAUAUGAUCUUCCGCAUUCCACGUCUCAUUGAACAUGUUUCUUCUAUCAUGACUCUGGAGGAGGGUGACUUGCUGUUGACCGGAACGCCGUCGGGUGUUGGGCCCGUCCAGCCUGGUGACGCGAUCGAGUGUGUCUUGGCUGACAGUGAUGGAAAGCAGCUGGACAACCUCAAGUUCACUGCUGUGGCAAGACAAGGAGGUUACCAUUACCAAACUGUCUGAACUUGUCAUGUGCUAGACCUUCAUUUUAUGAAACAAACAUGCACGGACACGGGACAAGCGUUUCUUGGCUACGAAUACCCGAAUGCGUACGAUUAUACAAUAUCAAAUUAAACUGCGAUUCCUCAUACACGUCAAAAAGACUGGUAAUAAGUGUCUGUACUCCGCCAUCGAGGUCAUAACAAGCAAAAGCUUGGUAGUUUAAGCUACCCGGACCGAAGCUGAAUUUUAGCUUGUGUCAAGAAACACGGGGUUACUAUUACAUGCAAGAUGUCCGACCAUAGAUACCCAAUAAACGCCAUCCUAACCUAAAACCAAGAUCAUGCUCUUCACGCCUUCUGGGCGUUCUCGUCUGAAGAACUAUCCAUGAUAGCUUGGAUCAUCGCUGAACCCAAUUUCGUAGCAUCCUCGAACCUAGACUGGAAGAACCUCGCAGUCUGCUCAAACCUCUCCCUGUACAGCUCAAAGCUCCCGAAUGAAAUACAUUGACUCCACCCUCUAGCUGCAACCACAAACUCGAGGUCGUCCGAACGAUGCGAAACAUCAUAUAACGCAGCAUGGAUCGCUGCAUCCAAGCGGUUUUGGGAUCGGAAGAGAUACUCAGCGACACCUAUCCACAUUCUGAAUAUCGGUGUUGCGGCGAGGUCGAGGUGGACGAAAGGUUGGAUGUCUAGAUGGGCCCAGCAGUCUACCAUGGCUAGGAGUGAGAGGUGGGAGUUUGCUGGGAGACCGCCUGUAGGUGAAGGUGGAGUUGCUGAACCACCUGAAGUUUCUCGGGGUUUGCCUAGACUAAACCGAUUGAGGAUGUCCUCAGAAAGGAGGAUAGGUGCACGGUGCUUUACACCCUCCUCGGCGCCAUUCC